AUUCGGUUUUGGUUGGGAAAAAAGUUUUGUAUAAAAGCAGCCGGUAGAGAACCAUGGGUGUUUUGGUUCCAUUUUUUAGACUUUGCAAUUUUCUACAAACACGCACAAACACGACCUUAAUUAUUCUAUUGCUACCACCCUGUAUUAACUAAAUUUAUUUUAAUAGCCUACUUAAACACCCACCCUCUCACAAAGACAACAAUGCACAUUUUCGGCGAAGGCGUAUUCCAAGGCCGUCUUGCUGGCCUCGCGCUAAAGUUUACGAGCAAGUGGAUACCAUCAUGCUUUGGCAUGCGGCGACGCAACAUGAAUGGCAUAAAGAACUACACAGCAUCACACGCAAUCUCAGUAUGCCGGCAAGCAUACCAGUCACCCUACGACCGCACAAUCUGGCUGAUAGAGCGGUUGCUGAGACACAGCAGCAUAUCAAAGUUUCUUACCCGAUUCUAAUCGACGAAAACAUCAAAAACACAGGCAUAUACAAGGAUCCCACACAACCGCUGCAGACGCUGUUCGAGCGCGGAUACACUUUGAACAUCCUGCUCAACAAUCUAGAGAGCCCCUUUGUGGCGACAAUAGACCUGGCGGCAAGCAACCAGAUGGAUCUGUUCUGGCGCGGAUGCCUGGACGCCGGUCUGGUCAACGCCGAGGCCGUGACAAGCUAUGACCGGCUCGAGCUGACGCUGUGCACCGUUGCACGGAUGCUUGACAUUCUAGAACACCGUGGUCUGUUGGGCAGUGUUGAUCCAAGGUACAUCUCGCCGCACAGCAUUUACCCACAAGUUCUUGACCACAAGUCGCGGGCGGCCGAGCUGGCGCGCACCGAGGCGGCCUACGUGCACGAUCUGGAGCGGUUGGCCGGCUUCUUGCACCACGCGGACGUCUUUUACGGACACGUACAGGAGCUAGCCUCUCUGCACCGCGCUUUCUCCAUGCGCAUCCAGUACAUGGCAGCGCAGCCUGUCAGCGCCCAGCUAUUCGAUACGGCAUUCAAUGGUCUCGAGGAAGCCUUCGAGGUGUACUCGCGGUUCUGCGCCGAGCUCGCGCGUAGUAGCGUGGCACGCAGUGUGCAGACAUCAGCGCCCUGCUGAUGCGGCCCAUUCAGCGUCUGGCUCAGUACCCGCUGCUGUUCCAAAGC